AUGACUGUUUAUCACAUUGUUCUCUUCCGCCUCAAGGCCGGCGUGACCCCAGCUCAGGUUGAGAGCUGGGCUACAUUAGCUAGGAACAUGGUUGGCACAGUCCCAGGCCUUGUCUCCUUGCAAGCCAAUACUCCGCUGCCUAUCUGUCUCCCCCGUGCUAAAGGCUUUGACAUGGGCCUUGUGGCUGUUUUGGAGAAGCCAGAGGAUAUCGCAACUUACGCUGUGCACCCAGCUCAUCUCGAAGUUUCGAAGGUGAGGGAGGAAUUGUGCGAAGAUACCCUGGCUUAUGACAUGGAGUUUUAA